AUGUCGAAGCGCAGUGUGUUCACCACCGUCUCGCCUCUGCCGGCGGGUGUCACACGGCAGAUAGUCCUUGAUUUCCUCCAUGACCACGAGGAGAUGAUAGAUCUGAACCCCUUGGUCAAGGAGCGCCACCCGAUCCCAGCACCACCUCAUGCUCCGGCAGACGAGCUGGCCUGCCAGUGGUACUCAUUGACCGACAAGAUCUCGUACUUUCCAGGAGUGGCCGGCGAUGUCACGUAUACUUGCGCCUUCAAUGACCUGCCAACGGGACUGCAGACACACUGCUACGCGCCCGCGGGGCUGACCAUCCGUGACAAAUGGACAGUCUGCGGCUCGCUGCCGGGCGAGCCGGCAGAACCUCUCGAGCUCGGCCUCCAGGUGCCGCCAAUUGGACUCUACCUCCGUGAGGACGUCGACAUGCGCUGCAACGUGGUCAUGACGAGCUUCGUGAAGAAGACGCUCAAGAGGUCGCAUGCGGCCCUGGUCGAGCGGCUCAAGAUCAAGGCCGAGAUCGCCAGUACCGCUAGCAAGAGGAUUAGCAAGACCAUGGGCAGCGGCAGCGCCGACGACAGAAGCCGAGCCUCUCCCGACCCCAACGCGGUCACGAGGAUCGCUGAGGGUUACGGGAGCAGCAACAGCAUCAUCAGCAGC